CACCCAGGGGGAUCCUGGUUUAGAACGUUAAAAGAGUUUCCAGAGUUCUCCGAGGUAAACUUUCCAAGCGGGUUCGGUGGUUACGCGCGCGGGAGAGUCUGCGGGCCGUCAUGGUUUCUCCCCGGAGUUGUCUUCACAAGCUCGGCUCGACGCUUCCGUUGCUGUUGGUGCUCUGGGAUCUCCACUAUGAAGGAGUACAAUGUGGCAUAAAUGCAGAAGUGGAAAAGCAGCUUGAAUUGGGGAAAAAGCUGCUGGCAGCUGGGCAGCUGGCAGAUGCUUUGUCCCAUUUCCACGCUGCCAUAGAAGGAGAUGCCGAUAACUACCUUGCUUAUUACAGAAGAGCCACAGUAUAUCUAGCCAUGGGCAAAUCAAAAGCUGCCAUUCAUGAUUUAAGCAGGGUAGUUGAAUUAAAGCAGGAUUUCACAUCGGCACGACUACAAAGAGGCCAUUUGCUGCUUAAGCAGGGAAAGUUGGAUGAAGCUGUAGAAGAUUUUGAAGGCGUGCUCCUGUCUAAACCCAGUGAUAAAGAAGAAGGAGAAGCCCGGGCUCAGUUGUUGAAGUCAGAUGAAGCUCGGCAGCUGCGUUCCCAAGCACAGUCUGCCUUUCUCAGAAAAGAUUACUACACUGCUAUCACACUCUUGGAUAAAAUUCUAGAAGUUUGUGUUUGGGAUGCGGAUAUGCGGGAACUUCGAGCUGAAAGCUACAUUAAUGAAGGGGAGCCCGGGAAGGCGAUCAGUGACUUGAAGGCUGCUGCCAAAUUGAAGAGCGAUAACACUGAAGCUUUCUAUAAAAUCAGCACAAUAUACUAUGAAUUAGGGGAUCACGAGAUGUCCCUAAGUGAAGUGCGGGAAUGUCUGAAACUGGACCAAGAUCACAAGGAGUGUUUUUCUCACUACAAGCGAGUAAAGAAGCUCAACAAGCAGAUUGUUUCAGCAGAAGAGCUCAUCCAGGAAAGAAGGUAUCAGGAAGCCACUGAGAAGUAUGAGGCUGUUAUGAAGCUGGAGACAAACGUUCCUAUCUACACUACUCGAGCCAAAGAGAGAAUCUGUCAUUGCCUUUCAAUGAAUCAACAGACAACGGAAGCCAUUAAUGUUUGCACAGAAGUUCUGCAGCUCGAGCCAGAAAAUGUGAAUGCCCUCAAAGAUCGAGCUGAAGCAUACUUGCUAGAAGAAAUGUAUGAAGAAGCUAUCCAGGACUAUGAAACUGCUAAACAAUACAGCGAUAAUGACCAGCAGAUUCUGGAAAGCCUUGAGAAAGCCCAGCGGAUGCUCAAGCAGUCUCAAAAAAGGGACUACUAUAAAAUCUUAGGAGUUAAAAGGAAUGCUAGAAAACAGGAAAUCAUAAAAGCCUACAGGAAGCUGGCAAUGCAGUGGCACCCAGAUAAUUUUCAGAAUGAAGAAGAGAAGAAGAAAGCAGAGAAGAAGUUUAUUGAUAUUGCAGCUGCCAAAGAAGUCCUCACAGAUCCAGAAAUGCGGAGUAAGUUUGAUGCCGGAGAAGACCCACUGGAUGCCGAGAGCCAGCAAGGGGGAGGUCACCCUUUUCACCGAUCUUGGAAUUCCUGGCAAGGCUUUGACCCUUUCAGUUCCGGGGGACCUUUCCAGUUUAAAUUCCAUUUCAAUUAGAACUGCUCGACUCUUAUUAUUGUAUUUUUCCUUUUGCAUCUGGCAAUCUGUAUUUUUUUUUCUAGAUAACUUAAAAUUACCGUCUAGUCUUUGAACAGUAAUGAAAGCCAGGGGUGGGGUUUUUUGGGGUGAUAGUUCAAAAGGGAUAGCAAAACCCAGCCAUAUCAAUAAUACCAAACUGUUUGAUAGUUCCGGGCCUCCAACUCAAGACGAACCCAUGUUUGAGAAAAAACUGACUCAAAAAAGCACUUUAAAGUUUACUAAACCAUUGGGGCCCUUUUGUGGAAAUUAAUCCCUUGAAACAGCAAAAUUUACUCCCACUUUAGUUACCACAAGAGGAAAUGCUAAAGUCUAAAGUGACUGUUGGAAGUAUGACAUGUCUGCAAGCUAUGACAAUUUACAUCAUACGGACAUUGGUCAUUGUAGCCAGCUUGUAGAGAGUUUAAGUUGUUCUGAUUAAUGUUACAAGGACCAUUUUCUCUGAUUAAAACCUCUCCUGGUUGCUUUUAAAGAAUUAAACAGAAUUAAAAUUUUAGCCAGGGUGCAGAGAACCAUUUUCCAUUGAAAAUUUGCUUGACAUUUGAGCAGGACUGAGAUAUUGGCUGGAAUAAGUAGAACUUUGUUUUGCUCUUGAAGAUAAUUCUUGUUUUAAGGGUGGUAGAUGAUCAUCCUCUUCACAGCUACUAUAUGCAUGUCUGUUGUUGCACAGACUAAUAACUCGUGGAUCCAAUUGAAAGUGUUUUCGUGCAACCGAAAUCUGAUAUUGCGGACUGUUUUCCGAACGGAGCUGGAGUCAUCUUGGGAUGCAAUAUUGAACUUGCCCUUCUUUCACAUCCCGUCUUUUUCCAGAACGUGGUUUUGAACACUUAUCAAAAUGAUAUUCAUCUUUCACCUCGCUUGUUUCUCAUUAAUAACACAUGUUACGCCCCAGUCUAUUUCAAUGCAAGUCUCCAAACAUCUGAAAAAUUAGUGGUUGAAUCUCACUAGCUUUUUGGGUGUGAUGUUCUUUAGGAAUGCUUUUGAAACGAUUUGGAUUUGUCUCAAAACAUGCCACGAUGGACGCUUGUUGAGUGAGCAUUCAGACAAAAAGCCAGGACCUACAAAGGUCUUUCAUGUUUCUCUCCUCAAGAAUGACUCCAGAAAUGCUGGGAGAGUGAGUUGUUACCUAUUAACAAAUCAUCCUUGUGUUUUGGACAGGACUGCAUAAAGUGCCAUGGUUAGAAUGGGGGUUGGGGGAAAGUCUUCGCUUUCUUUGAUCCAAUCCGAUCAGUCCAUGUACAGGACGUGGUUUGGGCUGCAUUGAUGUUGCCUGAGCCACUUGUGCUAGGCAUGUGCAUGGAUUGAUCCAAAGGUUUGGCAGUGCUUCUGGAUCAAUUGAAAUCAAACAUUGCCUUGAAAGUGUUGCUAGAAUAAAUCAGGGGGCGGGGGGGGGGGGAAUAGAUUCUGUGAAAACUAUGGUGUUUUUUUGAAGGUAACAAAAUACUAAAUAGUAUUCAACGGUAGCACAUAGUUGUUUUAAUUGCUUUAAAUCCUGAAGUUUAGGUUUUGGGGGGCCUUUUUUGACUGUAUUGGGGGUGGGAGGGAUAGGACAAGUUGAAUUCUGAACUUAACAAUUGUGCCAAGCCUUAAUUUGUUUCUACGCCAAAUAAUGAAUAGUAAUUGUUUAUUAUGCUGCUGUUCCUAGUGAUUUCGAGUAGACUUGGGGGAAAUUUAAAAAAAAAAUGUAUUCCUUUGGAAAUUAAAGAAGCAGUUUAAAAAUCAGUUGUUCUCAAUUGCUACCAUAAAGCAUCCGUGGAAUUAAAUGGCUCAAAUAUGGAAAAGAAAAUGGGAAUUUUGUCUUUGCAAAAUAACUUUACUUAAGCAGUAUAUUUUACAACCACAAAGAUUAAUAUUUCUUUUUAAACUUUACUACUUUGAAAUCUGGAAGCUCUUUUGUGUCAGUGUGGUUUUAUAUUAAAUUGACGGCAUUGGUGUACAUGUGUUAUGUCUGAAAUCUGAUAUUUAAAAUUACGUUUCAUCAAAACCAGUUACAUAUAAUGAUCAAAAUAAUUAUUGCCUCUCUUAAUGGGACAAUGUUUGGAACCCAGUCUUCUUCAUAUUGAACAGAAAUGAGACCAAAGUAAUGGUAAAUGUUUCCUAGGAAGUACACAGUCCUUUGCCCGUUAAUAUAUGACGUGAUAAUAUAGGGGAUCUACGGCCAAGUCUUCCCUUUGACAGGAAGCUGUGGUCUGUAGAAGAGUGGUCAAAGUAAUAAACUCGUCUUUUGAUGUAAUUUUGUGGCAGGCUAACAGUUGAUCUGUUUUGCUAUAUUUUGUAGUGGGAGGUUGCAGUACUUGAUUCCAAAUGGAUACUUUGUCUAAUUGGAAAAAGAAAUGGCUGCUUUCAAAGAAACAGAUAAGACAUUUUGGUGUGUGCACACCAGUCUCUUUUCUGAAUGGUUCCCACAGUUCUGCGUCACCCUCCUUUACAACUAAGAGUUAGCCAGCAAACUUAAGCUGGAAGCUCAAGAGCAGGGUUUUUCAGUACAAAACUGAAGGAGAGAUUAAAGGCCAAUGAGAGUUAAUCCAAAAACAGUGUUUAAAGGCAUUAGAGCUCAGGAGUUCUUUUUUAAAUUAACCUGUACUGGGGGCUGAAAAGGUUUGUUUCUUUUUAUUCCCGAGAUCAUCAGUGAGCCCAGCAAGGCUGAGAUAGUUAAAUACUACCAUGGAAGAUAAAAUAUAUUGAGGAAGAUCCUUUAAGAUCAUAGAAAACACAAGACACUAAGACAGGAUUCCUCAUUAAUAGAUAUUUUUUCAUAAUGGAGAAAAAUCAAUGAGCAUUCUAGAAGAAUCAGUGAAUUUU